UAAUAUAUCCAAGAUUAUCAAAAUAUUCUGUUAUCUUUAAAUAGAUUAUCUGUUAUUUGUAGAGCCAUUCUCUUUACUGUUACCCAUAAUUAUCAUGGACAUCAUAUAUCUGAUAAGAUAUUAUACUGUGAUUAUGGAAUUGUUGUGAUGACUGGGCAGAGAUCAAAGAGCAUGGACCUUCAGGGUAGUAAUAAGACAAACAGUUUGAUGUGUGUUGUGAUACUAUCAAAAGGUACACUUUUCUAUCCAUGUAGUUGUUACUACAUACCUCUGUACCUCAUACAGAAAGUGGCACAUCACUCAGUUUGCUGUGUAUACUGAUCUGUUUUGACUUUGGACAAAGUCUGUUUUUUAUGUGAAAGUUUCCAGUGUUAAGGGUUACGGAGAUAAUUAGGAAAAUUGUGAUUAGUCUUUUUUUUUUCUCUCUUGCUGGAAAGCUUCAGCACCCCUAGAUAAUAUUCAUCAAGUUUCACACGGUUACAGUAUCAGAGACAUGCGAAGACACAGAAGAACACAGACACUAAGCAAGGCCUGAAACAAUGUCUAUGAAACUGUCUGCCAGAUCCCAGAGGGGGAACCCAUAUGCCACACUUGAGAAAAUGCAGAAUGGCCAUGCAACCACCAUCUAUUUAGGAGAGGGACCCGGACUCCUCUCAUCUCCGACCCCAAGUUCCGAGGAAACGCAAUCGACCACAAGCCAAAGUGCUGAGGGCAAGGGUGUUCCCAGUGGGAUGUGGGUGAAUGGGCGGGAAGCAAGCGGGCUACCAUGGGAGGAGGUAGCCCGUUUGCUUGUCACAGACACCAACAGUGGCCUGCCCUCCCGAGAGGUCAUGACCCGGAGACAAGUCAUUGGUUACAAUGAAUUCUCAGAGGCUGAAGAUGACCCCUUGUGGAAAAAAUAUCUGGGACAGUUUAAGGAACCUCUAAUCCUCCUGUUGCUGGCUUCAGCCUUUGUCUCUCUGUGUAUGAGCCAGUUUGAUGAUGCAGUUGUUAUUACACUUGCUAUUGUGAUUGUUGCAACAGUUGCCUUCAUUCAAGAACUUAGAACAGAUAAAGCUCUAGAGGAAUUGAAAAAGCAGGUACCCGUCACCUGCAUGUGUCUCCGUGAUGGUAAUGUUAAUGAAUAUCAGGCAAAGGAGCUGGUUCCUGGGGACAUUGUCCAUCUUAACAUUGGAGAUCGAGUCCCAGCUGAUUUAAGACUCUUUGAAGCUAAUGAUCUCAGUAUUGAUGAAUCCAGUUUCACAGGAGAAACAGAGCCAGCUGACAAAAAUAAUAACCUUGUCACCACAAGCACUUAUGGAACCUCUGGAAGCUUAGCCAAUAUUGCAUAUAUGGGGACUUUUGUUCGCACUGGCCGUGGCAAAGGCAUUGUCAUCAGCACUGGAGAAAAGUCCCAGUUUGGUGAGCUGUUCAAAAUGAUGAUGGAAGAGGAGGCUCCCAGAACCCCUCUCCAAAAGAACAUGGAUGAGCUAGCCAAGAAACUCUCCAUAUUCUCCUUCUGUUUCAUUGGGGUUGUGUUUGCUCUUGGCCUGUAUCAGGGAAUUCCCAUUCACAAGAUCUUCAAUAUUGCUGUAAGUUUAGCUGUAGCAGCAAUACCAGAGGGCUUGCCCAUAGUUGUGACAAUGACACUCUGUCUAGGAAUUCGUCGUAUGGCCCAGCGCUCGGCUUUAGUAAAAGGUUUACACACAGUGGAAACUCUUGGUUGUGUCACAACAGUUUGUUCUGAUAAAACUGGAACUUUAACAAAGAAUGAGAUGACUGUAACAUCCAUUAUCACAUCAGAGGGCGAUGAGUGCCACGUCACUGGAGUAGGCUAUUCCUCUGACGGCUCCAUUGUAUUUGAAGGAGGCUACUCUGACCUAGCUAAUGAGGCUGUCACAAAGCUUCUGGAAACAGGUGCUGUAUGUAAUAAUGCUGAGAUAGUUGGCGAUCAACUGCUGGGACAGCCUACAGAAGGAGCCAUACUGGCUGCUGCUAUUAAACAUGGUGUGUACAAUGCCCGAGAUAAGUACCAAAGAUUGGAAGAAAUGCCUUUCAGUUCUGAAACCAAGAAAAUGUCAGUCAAAAUCAGGAAUAAAAAAACUGGGGAAGUGGAGUGGCUGGUUAAAGGAAGUGUUGAGCAUGUUCUGGCAUCAUGCACUCAGUAUAACCAGAGCAUGGCUACCCUCCCACUGUCCCAGGAGAAAUGUCAACAGAUCAUGUCAGCUUGCAUAGAUCGUGGAAGGCAGGGACUCCGAGUUGUUGGGAUUGCACGAGGUCCGUCCACAAGUGAGCUGAGCUACAUGGGAAUGGUUGGCAUAAUGGACCCCCCACGUGAAGGAGCCAGAUCUUCUGUUACUACUCUCCAGUCUACAGGAGUUAGUGUCAAGAUGGUGACUGGUGAUGCACAGGAGACUGCUUGUGCUAUUGCCCAGGCAGUUGGUCUUAGGGUUGGACCUGGUACUGUGUAUUCUGGUGAUCAAGUAGACAGCAUGGAUGAGCGCGUAUUGCUUGGGAUUAUUCAAGAUGCUACUGUGUUCUACAGAGUUUCACCCAGGCACAAGCUGCGAAUUGUAAAGGCACUUCAGGACAGAGGAGAAAUUGUCAGCAUGACAGGUGAUGGCGUUAAUGAUGUGGUAGCCCUAAAGCGUUCUGACAUCGGCAUAGCCAUGGGCAAAAUGGGUUCAGCUGUCAGCAAAGAGGCUGCAGAUAUGAUACUCAAUGACGACAAUUUUACAACUAUUUUGGCAGCCAUUGAGGAAGGCAAGUGCAUCUACCACAACAUCACCAACUUCGUCCAGUUCCAAGUGAGCACCAGCCUCGUGGCCCUCAGUCUCAUUGCUCUUUCCACGCUCUUUGGCUUGCCCAGUCCUCUCAACCCCAUGCAGAUUUUGCUAAUCAAUGUCAUCAUGGAUGGUCCUCCAGCCCUGACUCUUGGUAUGGAGCCUAUAGAUGAAGAUGUGAAAGUCCAGCCUCCCAGAGACACCAAGAAGGACCUCAUAACGCCCAAAAUCAUCCGCAAUUGUGUCAUCUCAGCUGCCGUUAUCAUCUGUGGGACUAUGUGGGUCUUUAGGUCUGAAAUGAUGGAUGGUGUGGUGACAGCCCGAGACACAACAAUGACCUUCUCUUGCUUCGUAAUGUAUGACAUGUUCAAUGCUAUGUCAUGUCGCUCUGAAGGCAAGUCAGUCCUGGAGAUUGGCCUCACAAGCAACUGGUACUUAUUUAUAGCUUUAACAGCUACCAUAGGCUGUCUGCUUGGUGUGGUCUACUUGCCUUUUCUCCAGUGGGUGUUCCAGACAGAGGGCCUGCAUAUCACUGACUGGAUCUACCUCCUGUGUCUGACCUCCACCGUGCUACUGGUGUCUGAGCUGAGGAAGUUCCUGGACCGCCGGCAGGAAUACUCUAAGGGCAUCCUCAAGAAAGGCUUUUGGGUGUCAAAAAAAUCAGCCAAGGCAAACUGGAUGGAUGCUGUGUAGUAUCCUUGACUUUUUUUUUUGCCUUUUUUUUUUUUUUUUUUAAUGCUGACAUCAGUAGAGACCCUUUUUGCAACAACAGAUAUGAUCAAGGUAUGAAGUGAACAUGAACCAGAGAUUUGGCAGGUCAUUUUGGCUUGCAUGAUGUAAUUUUUUUAAAUGUUUAUAUUCAACUUUACAUUUUCUGCCAUAGAAAUCUGUACUGAGGUUUCAGUACUAGUCAUUUAAUCUUUAUAUUAUUUAUAGAAUGAUUCCUAAAUAUAGACUCUUUAAUUGAUAUGUGAUAUGCAUAAGUUUGAACUAACAUAAGCAUCAAGAAGAUAUUUCAUGAUUCUUCUGUGCUGCAAGCUUAACUAUUUUUUCAUAUAAUGUUGAGAUAUUCAAUUUCUUUCCUAGUGAUCUGAAAAGUUAAUUAUUGAGAACAGCGAAGAGAUGGCCAUAAAUCUUAAUAGAUUAGUUUUUCUUUCUUGUUAACACUUGUUUAUUUGCUUGAUUUUGAGGUAUUAUUUACGGAAAAGAUAUAGUCUAUGAAAGGGUUCAUAUCCUUCUUUUAAAUUAGUAUGUCUGUCAGUGACAUCGGAAAGGAGGGAGAAACUUCUGUUUAAAACUGAAUCUGUUUUUAUAUUAUUUUUAAGUUGCUUGAUGGAAGAGACAUAUCUUACUAAAUCCUUUUGUGUAUAUGUUUAUAUUUUUAGUUAUCAUUACGGGUAUGUUUCCACUCUGUCCCUGUGUUAGACUUUUAAUGAGGAUUUAGGACAUGAUUUUGUAAAUAUCUUCACUGCUAGGCCUCCUUUUACCUUUAUUUGAUUAGCCAUAGGAUGAACAACCAUGAAGACAAAGUUAUUUACUCAAGAGUUCAGAAAAAGAUCAGAGAAGCAGUGAUAAUAUAUAUACUCAGCUCCACAUAUUAGUUUGAUGGUUCAUAAAUAUUUUUAUUCAUAAAACUGAAAAGGGUCACUAUAUCCAUGGUUUGUAAAGAAACUUCAAUUCGAUUGGAUUAAUUUUCAGCUAAUUAUGAAUGGGCUGUUUGGUAUACUAUGGCUUGGAAAUUUUUUGAACCUCUCAAGUGUACUUUUAGGGGGGGAGAAGUUUUUUAUUUUUUAUUUAGGAACUGUCAAAUUCUACAGAAAUGUCAACCAUAUGUACAUAAACCAUCUCACACCUAAUUGUAUUUGGCUUGGCUGCACUUUUCAACAGCAAGUAAAAGUAAAUGCACCAUUGUCGUAACUAUUAAUAGACCUUUUUGGAUUCAAGCAUCUUUUACUGUCAUUGAGCGAAAUAGGUAGGUAUAUAUAUAUAAACUACAUUAAGGAUUUAUAAAGCAUAUCUCAAAACAGUAAAAAAUAGGGAAAGAGAAAGCUCUAUGUUCCUCGUAACUUGAAUAAUAAGCAAGAUUGGUUGUGUUAAUAUUGUCUUGUAUUUGGCAUCUUCCCUAUUUUUGACCUGUGAUUAUUAAGACACAUUUCAUCACACUAUAUUAUGUCUCCCUUAAGAUUUAUAUUUGCUAUGCAUUUUUAUAAUAAUCUAAUAGCUAAAUGUGAUCUGAACUUAUGUAUAAUAAUAUUUGCUUUUUAUUUGCAUUUCUUAUAAUACAUAGCAGAGGUUACCAGUUCACAUGUCUUUUUUUUCUAUGUUUAGAGGUUGAUUACAAGGUUUUAAUACCUAUUUUAUAAUUUUAUGUGAUGAAAAAAAACAUUUUAAAUUUUGCUUGGCAUAGAUUUAUGAAUUCCAUAGCAAAGCAACUUUCAUAGAUAAUGAUAGACUUUUAUUGUUACAUACGUAUGCACACAUGUACCUUUACACACACACACAGAUGCAGUGACACCUGACAGAUUGGAUAUAUGUAGAUGAAGCCUCUCUGAUGCCCAACUUUUUUUUUUCUCUCUCUCUCCAAAAAAAGACAUGAAAAGUAUAUAUGACAGAAUACUAGCCCAUCAGCAUAUU